CCUUAACUCCAAAAGAUUCUCUUCUAUCUUCACUUGUAACUACUUGCCCUGGGUCUACUAUCUUCUCUCUCUCCCACUACCCAGAUUCACCUCGACAGCGAUAGCGAGCCCCUUUACACAUUUUUCUUCUCCACACAUUUCUUCCACCGCUUAUGCUGUAAUUUAUCCACUGCAUUGUCACAAUCGUUCCCGAGUCGCCGCCUCUCUCUUGGAAUGUCAUGGCUUCUAAUACUGGUCAUGGCAGUUCCCCUUCAACACUGGACCGUCCUAGAACUGAAGAGGGUGACGCAACAAUCAUAAGUAAUGCAUUGACCAGUGUUGCGGGUCAGAACAUUUCGGCUUUCGGCCGUACCGUCUCUGCAACUGCUGGAACUCUCUUUACGGAUCCAGCCGCUCCACCCCAACACUAUGCCGCCGCAAUGUCUGAUAUCUCCAAACAAUUAUCGCACCGCCCUUCUCUCCAGCGCCGCGUGUUUUCGUUUAACAAACGCUCUCCAACGGAGCUUGUGCGGUCGAAACUGUCUACCGCCGAGAUACAAUAUCGAGCGUUAACCUAUCUACCGGAUGAACUGCUCAGGAAUAUCCCCGAUAAUGAGAAUUCCUAUUCCCUCUUUCAGGGCUUUCAGGCCUCCAUGCCCGAGGAGCACCAGAGGGUGGGGAAGAACCACCCACGCAAAGGCUCAAAAAACAAACUUUUGGAAGCCUCGAAUGGAGGCGAACCAGACACACCUCUCGGAAAUCUCAAGCGUGAAAAGUCCACCAUGGCAAGACAGUUGGAGAUGUUAAGCAUCAGGAAAAACAUGGCAUCAUCGGAAAUUAGGGAGAUAGAUAUGAAGAUAUCAAACCUGAAUCAAAUGCGGAACAUCGUCCUGGAUCGAUUGGCAAAAUUGGAGCAGGACGAAGCAGAAGCAGAGCACGAGAUAUUGGUUCUAGAAAAUAAAAUUGAAGACCUCCAAGAAGAACUCGACGAGGAAAAUCAUCACUCCACUGAUCCCGAAUCCGACAACCGUUCCGAAGACUCUACUUUCAUGUCCGAGUCUAUAUAUGGUAAACUAAACACUCCCAAGUCACGAAAACGGAAAUCAUCUCGCCGCAUAUCAAUGCCCGUUCUUCACGAACAUUUGGAGCCCGGUCAGAAUAUCAAGGAAAUCCAGACGCAUGCAGAUAGCAUCACAAGUUUGGAUUUUGAUGUACCUUUCGGCACAUUGGUAACUGCCGCAUUUGACGAUACCAUAAGGGUUUGGGACAUGAACACUGGACGAUGCACGGGGCUGCUUGAAGGCCAUCAAGCCUCUGUGCGAUGCCUGCAGGUUGAGGACAAUAUGGUUGCUACUGGGUCUGUGGAUGCAUCUAUCCGUCUUUGGGAUUUGUCUCGUGCCGAAACUUUACCAUUGGUUCAAGAAUUCGCUCUCCCAUCGUUAUCCGAAUGCUACGUUUUCUCUCUUGAUUCUCAUGUUGACGAGGUUACCGCUCUCUAUUUUCAGGGUGAUACACUGGUUUCUGGUAGUGCGGACAAGACCCUGAGACAGUGGGAUCUCGUCAAGGGAAGGUGUGUCCAGACGUUGGAUGUGCUUUGGGCUGCGGCUCAGAGCAAUAUGGAUGAGGGCAAAUGGAGGAACGGAGCAAGGAGUGCAGGUGGUGUUAGUGGCCACGAGGGGGAUUUUGUUGGCGCGUUGCAAUGCUUUGAUGCCGCUCUUGCUUGUGGAACUGCGGACGGAAUGGUUAGGUUGUGGGACUUGAGGAGUGGACAAGUACAUCGGUCGCUCGUUGGACAUACUGGACCUGUCACAUGUCUCCAGUUUGAUGAUGUGCAUCUUGUUACUGGAUCUCUUGACCGAAGUAUCCGGAUUUGGGAUCUCCGAACCGGCUCGAUAUUUGACGCCUUCGGAUUUGACAAUCCUAUUACAAGUAUGCAAUUCGACUCUCGGCGCAUUGUUUCAGCAGCUGGCGAAACCGUCGCCAAAAUCUACGACAAGGCUGAUGGCCGCCACUGGGACUGUGGAGCUGUAGGUGUCGAUGCCGCAAUCGUGGACAGGGUCAGAGUCAACGACGGAUACCUGGUACAGGGACGGCGAAACGGAACCGUAGGAAUAUGGGCUUGUUGAGGGGGGGAAAAAAGAAGAAACAAAAAAACAAUUGUUUGACGAGAUUAUUGCGAUCAAAAAGGAAAAAAUGAAAAGAAAAUAAUGUUUGCUUGGUAUCCUCGGAAUGUGAAGUUUUGUUGGGCACCUUUUUUUUUCUUUCUCUUUUUCCAUCUCCCUUUGCGAGCCCAUUACAACUUCUCUCCGACCCAAUCGGUUCUUUCUUUUACUUUCUUUUUCUUGCCUUCUCUCGGAAAUGUUCGACGUUUGGAGGGAGGGAAAAACGGGAAAAAAAAAGAAUGUGGCAUGGCAUGGUAUGGUGUGGCCCUGGCCUGCUUCCGUUUGCCAUGGUAGCUACGCUGUGUGAUGCGAAGAUUGACUUGAUGGGGGAGGCAUGAUGUGCGGGUACGGUAUGGUAUUCUAUGAUAUUGUGACGAUUUGUACGGGUACGGGUAUGGGUUCGGCGGAUCGGCAUUGGUGGGACUUUGGGCGGAGAAUAUGGGACGUGAUAGAGAGAGCUUAUUUUUAUCUCCCUAUCUCAUUUCAUUUCCUGAUUCGGUUUCGUUUCGUCCAUGUAACUUCAGUUUUUCCUUUUGUGUCAAACUUGUGUUUGUAGUAAGUUAGACGGGGCUUGAACUAGUGGAAAAUGGGAACGCAACGUUCUGGGGAUAGAAUGGAAAAUGGGGCUCGUGAGCCAUGGGGUGGUGGUAUACCUGCAGGGUAAUUUUAUCACCCUACAAUUCUCUAGCAUUUUGUAUAA